AUGAGCAACUUGUUGGAUGAAAUAAAUUAUCUUUAUUUUGUCUCUGGUAUUAUCGCAGGAUACGGUAGCUUGAUCAUCUUUGUUCUUGGUAUAAUUGGCAACUCAAUCAAUAUAUUGGUAUUUUCUUGUUUUUCUCAAUUUAACAAAGGAGCAAGUCCGGUUUUUCUCCUGUUUUCGUUUGUCACUAGUCAAACAUAUCUUCUGUUUCUUUUAUUACCUCAAAUUAUAAGUCAGCUUAGUGGAGUAGAUUCACUUGUAACAUACCUUCCUCUCUGCAAAAUACGAUGGUUCGUUCCAACGGGUGGUGCAACCAUUUCAUUACACUGUCUAAGUUUAGCGGCUUUUAAUCAGUAUCUUCUCGUUUCUCGCAACGUUCGCCAUCAUCAAUGGAUUAAUCAGCGACGAGCUGUUUUGAUGAGUUCAAUAGUUGUAAUAUAUACUGCAGGAUUGAUGAGUCCAAACUUAGUCUAUUAUAAACACAUAGUCACUGCACCUAACAAGACACAAUGCACUGUGAUUGAUCCUAUAGGUAAAACGUAUGAUGUUUACAACGGCUUUGUCAUAUAUAGUCUGCUGCCAAUUAUUGCUUUAUCUACAUUUUCAUUUCUGACGUGGUGGAACAUUCGAAAGGGAAUGGUACGACGUGCGAAAUUGGAAAGAUCAUUGGCUCGUUUGAUAUUUGCCCAAAUAAUAAUGGUUCUUUUAGCAUCAAUUGGAUUUUUUAUCCGACGAAUUUAUUUUCUCUAUUACAUCAGCACAGGAAAGAGUCCACUGCAAUUGGCUCAAGAAACUCUCUUUAAUAUGAUAUUCUUACUGAUUGGCCAUAUUAUUCAUAGUUUUUCAUUUUAUACGUAUUUCAUUACUUCAGAAGUAUUUCGUCAAAAUCUUUUAUCUUUCUUUGGCAAAAGAGCGACUCGAGUCGAGCCCACCGGUACACGUAUGAAAACUAUGAGUCGAAUGAAAUAG